CUUUUUCACCUUAUCAUUCUAAUUAAUCUAUCUGUUCCUCUAUUUACCUCUCCUCACUCGCUUCUCUCUCUCUCUUUCUCUUUCUCUCUCUCUCUCACACACUCACAUACACAUACAUGUGCACAAAUACACGUCUAGUAUUCUUCCUCUCUCUCUGUCUCUCUCUCUCUCUCACUUUAUCCAUUUCUUCUUUUCAUUUUUCCCUCAUUUUCCUUGCUCUCCACAUUUUCUCCCUUCCUUUCUGUGGCUUUCUGAUUCACUCUAUUUCUCUUCCUCCCCUUUUUUUCUCUAGGCCCCCGCCACUCUCACUGCAUCUCUGUUUAUCUCAUUUCUUGCCCUCCUCUCUCUCUCUCGCUCUCUAUCUCUCUCUCUCUCUCUCUCUCUCUCUCCGUCUCCUCUCAAUCACUCUCCCCCCUCACUCCAUUCAUCUUUUCUUUUUUUUCUUCCUCCUUUCCUUAACUCACCACAUUUCGCCCAUUCCUUUCCCUUGGUUUUCUGAUUCACUCUAUUUUUCUUCCUCCUCUUUUUUCCGGGUCCCCGCCACUCUCACUGUCUUUCAUUCUCUUACUUCCUCUCCCUCUCUCUCUCUCUCUCUCUCUCUCUCUCUCUCUCUCUCUCUCUCUCUCAAUACAUUACCUUUCCUCUUCCUAUCACUACCAUGCUUGCUACACAGUGUCUCGGCCGAAAACAGUCCUGACUUUGGAACGGUUUCCUGAAUCUCGUAUUAAUAUGUUAAAAUGUUCCAGCAGGAGACAUAUUUCACAAAUAUAAACAACAAAACGGGGCAAACCGAAACAAGACGUCAGUUAUUUGCCCAGAGCUAACAUUUUAUACCAACCACAACAAACGAAUUUGCUGACUGUUCAUGCAGCAUAUCACGGAAAGCAUUUGAAUUUCAUGAACGCUACCAUUCCCUCCAGAGUAAGUCAUACAGAAAGCCAGCUUGCCUUCGAUAUGCUAGAUAGCAAUAAAUUCUUCAAUGUUAUUGGACGACGACCAAGUUGGCGAACCACAUCCAAUCGUUUGAAUCGAUCAUAUAGACAUACAGUGCUUCUCUCAGUCUGAGCUGCUUCGCUUUGUUUUCACAAGUGCUUCACAAACAUAAAGCAUAAGAACUGUAUGCAAAAUUUACCACCUGCGCACUGAAGAUGGAGAAUGUUUAUAUGAGCAAAAUGGAUUUCAAUAUUUCUAAGACAAAUGAUUAUUCUUUCACGAGAAAAGUUCCAAAGCUAUCAGAAAAUACGGAGUCUGAAUUGUCUUCUUUGGAGUUAGUAGACAUGUUAGAUGCUUACUAUAAACCCACAUUUUCAUCCCUUGGUUUGUUGCUCAAUUCGAUUUCAGUAACAGUUUUUCUCAACACAGAACUCAAUAAGUUGUCCGUAAGUCACUAUCUUAUUGCUAUAGGUAUUAUGGAUAACUUUUACCUUUUUACCGUAAUCAUACCAUGGCUUUCCAAGUAUGGCAUCGGCUUCUUUACGACUAUGGGGAUUUGUCAGCUUGUUUUGUACCUUUCCCAUUAUUCUAGAUUCCUCUCUUGCUGGUAUAUGACUCUGAUGAUUAUGCAAAGGUCUUCGAAAAUGUAUUCGCAAGGUUUGAAACGGCGUUUUGAAAGUGUUUUACAAGCUAAGUUCAUUAUCUUAAUGAUAGCAAUAUUUGCUGGUGUUGGUUUCCUCUAUGUCACCUGGACACACGGUGUCGUAGAUAAUCCUCUUCGAUGUACAAUUUUACCAGAAAAUGAAUCACAAAUACAAUUGUUGAAGAAAAUUGAACUAUUUUUUUCUUUCAUCUUUCCAUGGAUAGUUUCUUGUGUCUUCCUUUUAAUUCAUCUGUUGAAGAAUUGCAUGUGCUAUAAGUGGUGCUUUGCUGAUAUGAUACAAACAAAGAUUGAAGCACAGGGUAAUGCAAUGCUGGCCAACUUUAUAGGUGGUUCUGUUAAAACAAAAUGGAGUGUCCGCACUUUUGAUCAUGUUGAGACACCUUCUCCCACUGUAAUGGAUACUGCCAUGAAUGUUUCCUGUAUUUUUGUUGCUACGUUUUUCCUCUUAUCCAGUUUACCAUACAUGAUUAUCAAGAUAAGAAUAUCUUAUAUGAAUGAAGCUUAUAAGUCACUCCUGCCACUUUACAAGAGUCUCUACUUAUUAAACUUUGUUGUCAAAUUUUUUAUUUAUUUAUCCAUUCCUGAAUUUAGGAAAGCAAUAACUCGAGCAUUCGGUGGGUUACAUGGACACAAAACUGAAAAGGAAAUGACUCAACGAUCGGUGUUCUUUCCUCGAGUCAGCAAUAAAACCCGAAUAUUAGAUACAACUGACCUAUAGAGGUAUUAACUAUUUCCUGUAAUUUCAAGGCCAAAUAAAGUGAACGUUAACUUAA